UUGCUUCUUACUUCUAUUCGACUUAUCAACAGUUGUUGUUUGUGUUACCUGUACGAAAGCAGUGGCAUAAGUAAAAGAGUGAUAAGUGUGACAAAUAAAAGAGUGUUUGAUAUAAAGAACAUCAAAAAAAAAAACAAACUUAAAUGAAUAGAGGAAAGACAAACAAAUAUACGAUGUGUAAGUCCAAAAAGUUGAAAGCAAGUGAAACCGAAGCUGAAGCUGAAGCCGAAGCGAUUUCGCAAGCAGUCAGCUAUGGCUGUAUGCGGCGACACUACUUCCGAAGCUGAUUUGUUUGCUUUAUCUUCUCUGUUGUGUGUAGUUGUUUUUAUCUUUAACUUUGAUUUGCUCUCGAUUCGCUUUGACUUUAGUCGCUCGUACUUCGGUAAUGAGUAGGUACGUGAUUUUAUAUUAUUUUUUUAAAAAAUGUCUGGAAUUAAUGCAAAGCUAAUUGCUGCGGUUUUUGCAAAGCCUUUAUUAUGGGAUCAGAAGAAUAAAGAUUAUUACAAUCGAUAUGUUUCGGAAAAGAAAUGGAAUGAAAUUGCCAAGCAAUUAAAAACAGAUGUUAAUUGGGUGCGAAGGAGAUGGAAACAGUUAAGAGACACAUUUAGACCUGAACUAAAAAAACUUCCACUCCAACAAUUAGAUGACCUAGGCGCUGAUGAAUAUACUGAAUCCUACUCCUCAUGGCCCUAUUUCAACCAUAUGCUCUUUAUUAAGACUCAAAUAAAGAGUCGUAAAACUAAUACUAAUUUUAGUAAGCAAAACGUUAUAAGAGAAGAUAACUCAGUAAAAGAUGUUGACUUUAAUGAAUAUGAGGACAACAAUAGUAGCAAUGAUAUGGAAAUUCAUAUAACUGAAAAACAAUCUAUGAGUAAUAAACGUAAAUAUUAUGAUACGGAAAUAUCGCUUGAUGUGGAAACUCUUAAAACUUUACCAGAAACUCAAAAGAAAUGUAAAAGUUAUUUCAAUAGAUAUUCAAAUAUUAGAAAUAUCGAGGAGAAGAACAUACAAGAGAAAAAAUCGAAAAACAAAAUUGAUAGCAAUGAUGAAGAUAUGGCCUUUUUUAUAAGUUUAUUACCUCAUGUAAAAAACAUGACUCCACCUCAAAAGCUCCUUUGUAGAAUGGAAAUACAAGCUACUGUUUUUAAUCACGUAUAUGGAAAAGGUUCCUCGUCCUCUUCAAUAACACAACAUACCUUAUCUUUGAAUGAACACAACACUAUACCAAUAUCAUCUUAUGCAAAUACCAGAGUGCAUAUGAGUAUGUCAGGUAAUAAUGAAUGUGAUCACGUUACCACAUCUCCAGAACGACAAACUUCGUCCGUUCCUACACAAUAUCCUUUUGUUGAAUAUGUAUUUUCACCAAAACAAGAAGAGCCAAAUAAUUCAAUGUAACAAAUUUUUUUACAUACAUUUAUGUAUAAAAAUGUAUUAGAGAGGUUUCGAACAGUAGUGAACUACAACAACAAAAAUUCUUUUUAUUUUAUUUUAAUUAAUUGAAUUUUUUGACUGCCCAUAUAACUGUUUCCAGUAUUUCUACUUGUAUUGCAAACAUAUAAGUCAAGUACGACUUUAGAUCAGUUGGCUAAUGAACGCUGACUCUGAACUUCAAAUUUGGCAGGGUACGACCUCAACCCUUGGUACAAGCAAUGUCAAAAAAUUAUUUACUAAUAAUUAAAUACAAGAAAUAAUUCCAAGACCACUGAUGAU